UUUUUGGAAUUAGGCGUUUGUUUGUGUUUGCACUUUGAGUUCUAUUGUUUGGUACGUGUUGUGAUUGAUUUGUCCGGUCUCUUAUUGUAGAUCUCCGCCACUUUUUUCCAUUUUGAAGGAAUUUUUUUGGUUCCGAAUGUCUUAAAUUGAUGAUGAGAAAGGGAACUUGCAUUGUUUAUUGGUCUGAUAACGCAAUUUCGGCUUCUCUGCUUCCUUUUUUUUCUUUUCUUUCUCCUUUUAGGUUGGAGGGGGAGGAUUGAGAUGGAAUGAUAUUUAGCGCUCUUACAUUUAUUUUUAUUCAUUCCCGACGAAAUUCCGGUUGAUAUCCAGAGAAAAAUUUUCCACUCGAUGUCUUAUUUACCUUCCGUUUUGUUUUUGUUUUUUAUUUGAACUGAAGAUGAUAGAUGUGGGCUAAAUGGUAAAGUUAGGUGCAUUUGUGAUUUUAUUUCUUUUUUAUUGCUCUCCGGCUUUGGUUAACUUUUCUCUUUUGGCUUAUUUUGGAUAUUUAUCAGACUUAAAUGUUAAGGCUAACCUGAAGUUGGUUCCUGUCUUUCUCCUCACUUUUCUUAAACCAGUUGUCUGAUGUGAUUUUUCACUGACAAUCUACUUUUAUUACGCCCUUUUGGCUUUAUGCCAGGCAACAGUAUCGGAAAUAUUUAUGUAAAAACAUUCUUAUUAGCAUCAUCCAGUCUGGCAUCUUUGGAAGCCUCCUUCCAAUCCCAGUUGAAUAGUAUCAUUCUUGGGAAUUUCUGUGUAUUCAGUGAGCGUGAAUUCAUAUGUGCGGAAUUGAGUUAUCAUGGCUUUUCAGCAAAACUAUGGUGCCACAAACAUGCAUUUUCUAUCUGAGGGGGGUGUCUCACAUAAACAAAAAUGGAAUUCAGUAUCACAGUCUGCAACAGUGACAGAAAGUUUAGACGGGUGCUUUGACUGCAAUAUUUGUUUAGACUCGUGUCACGAACCCGUAGUAACCCUUUGUGGUCACCUAUACUGUUGGCCAUGCAUUUACAAAUGGCUCCAGGUCCAGAGCAACUCAUUUGAGUCAGAUGAGCGACCCAAAUGUGCUGUUUGUAAGGCAUACAUCUCUACUUCCUCACUGGUUCCCCUCUAUGGUCGAGGUACAUCACCAUCUGAAUCCAAGAAAUCCCAAUUGGAUUUGGCCAUACCCCGCAGGCCACCAGCACUUGGGAUGAAUACCUUGUUAUCUGCCGCUUCUGAGUUACAUCAGCAAAAUCAUGGAAACACAUUUCAGCCACAGAACCAGGCAUUUCAUCAACAACAAUACUUCUCCCAUCCAUUCAGCAAUUAUACCUCAACAGGACCUCCGACAUUUGGAGCCACUUCGCCAACCAGUUUCUUCAGCCCAACAAUUAGCAUGGUUGGUGAAUUGGUAUUUGCUAGAAUUUUUGGGAGCUCAGACACAAAUUUGUUUGCCCAUCCGUAUCCAAAUUCUUACCCCGUUCCAAGAAAUGGUAGCCCAAGGUUAAGAAGGCAAGAAAUGCAGCUGGAUGAGUCACUUAACAGAGUGUCCAUCUUUCUCUUCUGCUGCAUCAUUUUGUGCCUUAUCCUGUUUUAGUUUUCACAUCAUUGUUGUAUAGCUGUGUAUAAAUUGUGAAGACUCUGCUGAAAAGAGUAGGCUGUAGAAUUGAUAUUUGUAGGUUUUUUUAGAGAGCUGUUUCUACAGAUCAAUCACGGAUUCUUCUGAUGGAUGAGGUUUUCCUCCUGUACAUGAUAUUCUUUAGUAGUAUAUAAUACUAUGACAUUGGGACAAAUUUUCAUGUGCAGAGUCUGGAAUGUGGUUCUCGACUCUUUCAGCUUUUCUUCUUAUUAUUUGUUC